AUGUCCAAGCAGAUCGGAGGAGCCAAGAACGGCGGUAGCCGAACCGUCCCCACUGAGAAGGCCCCCAAGUGGUACGUCGCUGAGCCCACUCACGUCAAGAUCCCCACCGUCCAGAACAAGUCCAAGCUGCGACCUUCUCUUGUUCCCGGUGCCGUACUCAUUCUCCUUGCCGGCCGAUUCCGAGGCAAGCGAGUUGUUCUCCUCAAGUCUCUUGAGGAUGGCACUCUCCUUGUGACCGGUCCCUUCAAGGUCAACGGUGUCCCUCUCCGACGAGUCAACGCCCGAUACGUCAUUGCCACCUCCACUAAGGUCGAUGUCUCCGGUGUCAAGGCUGACAAGUUCACCCCUGCCUACUUCGCUCGAUCUUCCGCCGACAAGAAGGCCGAGAAGCAGUUCUUCGCCGAGGGCAAGCAGAAGGAGCUCAAGGCCGAGCGAGUCGCCGACCAGAAGGACGUCGAUGCUGCUCUCAUUGCCGAGAUCAAGAAGACUCCUCUUCUCAAGCAGUACCUGGCUUCCCAGUUCUCUCUCAAGUCUGGUGACAAGCCCCACCUGCUCAAGUUUUAA